GGCAUUUUUGUAAAUCGGCAGUGUCCCUGUUAGCUGUCGCAUCACAGCCCGCUUCAACUUGAAGCAGUCCGCUGGCUUGACUUGGUUUCUGGUAUGAAACAUACCUCUGGCAAAUACAUCUUUGCUGCCACGUGCGACACAACUCCAACGGUUUCGGCUCUAGGGAAAGGGUCCAUCCGGCACUUCCAUGACAUGAACCUCGGGAGCACCGGCCCCUGAUCGCCGUCAUGCCUGGGUCCCAUACCUUGACAAGGCGAGAGCAUGCCUCCGAUGUCGAGCGCACAGGCACAGCGUGGCUGGGAUUGCUAGCCACAUCCUCGUGAACACGCCAGCACGAGAGUCCACUGUGAUCGAUCGUUUUAUGCUUGUUCUCUCUGAUGCUUCUUGGACCUUGCUGCAUUAUUUUCAGAUCAAUCAGAAGAUACUCUCACUGAUCGAGUAUCGACCAUGGCUAGAUCCAGGUUGAUACCUCAGGAGAAGACCAACCUCGGGAGCAGAAGCGUUGUGAAGACGCAACGGAAGAAGGAAGUGUUCAAUCGCUUCAAGACACCUGUACGGCAACACAUUGAACACCAUCGCAACGAGGAAAACACCGGAUUGUGGAUGCACUUUGGCGCCAUAAAGAUAGAAAACGCUUCUGGGGCAAGGGCUGAACGCCUGGAAGGUAUAGAGGGACUCUGCGGAUCGGAUGCUCAAUGCCCUAUCGAUCUGACCGGAGAUGACGAUUUACCCCAUAGUUCGAGCGCUGGACAUUCUUCGGAUGCUGAAGACCUUGACAGACUCAGCGUGGAGAACGGCGAGCCUUCUUCCGGACCUAGCAGAGACGCUGACAAUGAGUCUGCCGGUUGCAAUGCUAGGUCUUUGGUUCAAGAUGCCGUCAGAAGUGGACCACAGGUUCCAGAAGAGCUUGACGAUGAGGAAGACACUGGAGACGCUGCAGCGAGGACGCCAUGGAAUGUCGAGCAAUCCGCGGUCUUGCGCCCCAGAGUGGUUCAACAAGCCGUAGUUUCAGACUAUCAGAACGACAUCGAGAUGGCCCGACAACAUCAGCAGCGUACGCUGCGGGACUGGGCAGCUCUGCAGGUAAAACAGGCGAAAGAAAGGAGAAAAGACUGCCAUCCGGCAUGCAACUGCCACAAGCUCGAGCGCUUGAGAGAAAGCCAGAACCAGUCGAUGCUCUGCGAGUGUCACAAUGCCGGUCUCUACCACCGAAUAAGCGGAAAGUUUGAGGACGCUGGAGGUUUCGAUGCGCGAGGAUGGCCAAUCAUGACUCGGGAGAGGAGGAGGAGAUGGUGGGCAGAACAUUGGAGUCAUUGUCAUCGUGUCGUGGGCGAUGAGGAGCUGGUCAACAUGUGGUAUAUUCGAACACCAAAGCAGCGGCAUCAAGGAGCGCCAUGGGCGUUUGAUAUCAAGGGUGGGUUGUACCAGGAGAUGAGUUACCUCGAACCGCUGAUUCAUGCGAGAGGGCUUGAGAAAGGAGGCUAUGUAGUUGUAGUCUCAGAAAGAAGAAAUGGAGGUCGUCAGCUAGGACGUAGGUAGAUGGAGCACGAAGUAUGCGAAUGUCACUGUCAAUGUACAAAACUGAGGGGAGGUUGCGGCAGAGAGAGGG